AUGUCUUUAAGGCUGGUGUGCGCGAGAAGUUUUCUGAACCGGUGUACUCCCUUCGGUAACCGAUGCAUGUCUUACUAUCCCAUUGACGAACACAUAUUUGGACUCUCCAGUGAACAGCAACAGCUUCGUAAAGUGGUAUUUGACUUUGCACAGAAAGAAUUAGCUCCAAAAGCAGCGGAAAUCGACAAAUCAAAUAAUUUUAAGGAAAUAAGAGAGUUUUGGAAAAAGAUCGGAAGUCUUGGCCUUUUAGGUAUAACAGCGAGUCCAGAGUAUGGUGGAACUGGUGGAAAUUAUUCAGAUCAUUGCAUUAUUAUGGAAGAAAUUUCACGAGCUUGUGGGUCAAUUGGGUUGUCCUAUGGCGCCCACUCAAAUUUAUGUGUAAACCAGAUCAACCGAAAUGGCACACACGAACAGAAGAGCAAAUAUUUACCUAAGCUAUGUUCGGGUGAACACAUGGGUGCGUUAGCUAUGUCAGAAUCGGGAUCUGGUAGUGAUGUGGUGUCUAUGAAGCUCCGAGCUGAGAAAAAAGGAGACUAUUAUGUACUCAAUGGCAAUAAGUUUUGGAUAACCAAUGGCCCUGACGCUGACGUUCUAGUGGUUUAUGCAAAGACAAAUUUAACGAAAAAACCGCAGCACGGAAUAUCAGCGUUCUUGAUUGAAAAGGACUUUCCUGGAUUUUCAACUGCACAGAAAUUGGAUAAACUCGGAAUGAGGGGCUCAAACACCUGCGAGCUAGUGUUUGAAGACUGUAAGGUGCCAGCUUCUAAUUUACUAGGCGAAGAGAACAAAGGUGUCUAUGUUUUGAUGUCGGGAUUAGAUUUAGAACGCUUGGUAUUGGCGGCUGGUCCUGUAGGUCUCAUGCAGGCGGCCAUUGAUAUCGCAUUCGCCUAUGCUCACACACGGAAGCAAUUUGGAAAGAAUAUAGGUGAAUUCCAGUUAUUACAGGGAAAAAUGGCAGAUAUGUAUACGACGUUGAGCGCGUGUCGUUGUUACCUUUACAAUGUUGCAAAAGCUUGUGACGAGGGCCACAUCAACAGUAAAGACUGCGCUGGUGUAAUAUUAUACUGUGCAGAGAAAGCUACAAAAGUAGCAUUAGAUGCUAUACAAAUUUUAGGAGGAAAUGGUUACAUUAAUGAUUAUCCAACUGGAAGAAUACUCAGAGACGCCAAACUCUAUGAGAUUGGUGCAGGAACAUCAGAAGUCAGAAGGAUGCUAAUUGGAAGAACAUUGAAUAGUGAAUAUAAAUAA